AAACAAUAAUUUUGUUGAAUUAAAUUUUAAUAUAAAUUUUGAAUCAAAAAAGUUGAUUAAAUGUCACAACGUCAGUGCUUACCUACUGAAGAUGAUGGCAGUGAUACAGAUUCAGAAAUUAAUUUCAAUUUGGCUCAGAUCUCUGCUCAUAAAUACUUGAAAAGUGUAAGAUUGGAAAGAGAACAAACUAAGGAAAUUGUAUCGGUAGAAAUUCCAGAAAAUUGUAUUGUUGAAAAUGAACUGGUACAAAGAUCUGUUGAUAGGCAGUUCCAGUCGAAAGAAUGGCAAGAACAUCAGAAAGAAUUAUUUGAGAAUAUAAGGAGUAAAAUUUGUAUUAUCAGAAAUAAGAAUCUCGAAGAUCGUAUGCUGAAAGAACUUCCAAUGAAUAUAGAAGAGGAAGCUGAGUGCAUUAGUUAUUGUCGAGACAAUGAGCCUUUGCUAUCUGUUAUUUUAACUUUAGAUAGUUACAGGCAAAUCGAAAAUUUCGUUGAAAUACUUGCAGAUUUCUUCGAUGAGAAUCUUGAGGAUUUGAAAUUAAAAAACCAAGAUAUUUUAGGAGAGCAAUUCAUUUGGAUUGGAAAAUGGAUAUAUGCAUUUCUAGCCUGUUUAAGAGUUCCUUUAUGUCCAGAAGUACACAACUCAAUUCGUAUGAUUGCAAAAGCUUGUCUAAAUAUCCUGGAUUAUUUUAAAGAAAAACGCAAUUUGCCAUAUGAUUCAAAACAGUUUAUACAUUUAAAUCUUCUGGUGACUAUAAUAGUAAAUAAUUUUCAUCAAUAUGAUUUAUUGAGUUUGUAAAUAUUUCA